UUUUUGGGGGGAUGGGCUUUAAAUGUUUUUAAGGAGGCUUGGCCCCUCCAGCCCCCCCUAAGUGCACCUAUGUGGCCUGGUGGGGGGAAAAAAUUGACCUCUUUAUUUGCUUGCACACCCUUAAAAAGAAACUGAAAUGGCGCCCCUGACUCCUAGAGUUUUGAAGACUCAAGUCACCACUGGCCGUUCGCACACAAAAAUAAAGACGUCGGUGAGCGGCAACGAUCGUAAAGUCGUCUCGGCCUCACGUUGAAUCGUAAGGAAUAUAAAAACCGCAAUUGUUGUUAUCACUUCGACGUCGAACGGCUAACUUUAUCGGUGUACGGCCGGCGGAAAAGACGUGCGCGUCCGCGGUCGCGUUAUCUCAUCACGAGAUAUGACUUAUCAACGAGGAUCGCGAACGAUAUAUCUUGAUUCGUGCACGACCGUCAUAAAGCUGAACGGCGUCCACUUGUUCAGCAUUACCCGUGAACUGUGACGGUUCGCCGAAAGUUUACGCUUUUGUACGCUUCUCGUUUUCUCGAGAUCCUCACCAAAUUAGCGUUCGUCGUAAUAAUUGUUACCGGCCAGUACGUACUCUGCCGGUCGAGCGCUCUAUCGCGAUGUACCGAAAGCGCCGGCAACGUUUUCCAGUUGUAGUUCCUAACCCGAAUGCCGUAAAAAAGUCGUCGACGACCGUGUGAAAGACAUUUGCGAACCCUUUCAAACACCACCUCCGCCAUCGUGGACAUGGAUUUUUUUGCACUGCUCACCUUCAUCAUCAUCUUCUAUAUCGUCCUCCUGUUUCUGGAUGUCACGUUCAAAUCUUGUUCGCAUUACCCGUACUUAACAUUCUUACAAAAGACCGGACUGAGUGUUGGACCUUUCCAAUUACGAUGGUAUACAACUUUGUUGAACCGUCUGAUAUUGAAAAUGUCAUUUUGGAAUCCAAAGUUCCAGACUAACUGGUUUACUUUUGGAUCCUGGGUAACUAUAUGCCUGAUUGUGCCAUCUGUGUGCCUUGUUAUUGUGUCGUCUGCUCAGUUGUGUAAGAAAAUAUUCACAGAGCCCACUAAUGAAUCUACCAUGAACCAGCAAGAGAUGUAUUUGGAGCCAGUCGUACCCGGAGUGAAUCUGCCAACAUCAGACUUGAGUUAUUAUGUACUGGCACUAAUGUUUUCAACUAUUUUUCAUGAACUAGGACAUGCAUUAGCUGCAAUCAGGGAAGACAUGCACAUUGAUGGAGUGGGCCUGAUGUUCAUUUUGAUUUUACCAGUGGCUUAUGUCCAUUUGGAAGAUAUUACCUCGUUGCCAAGUAGCAAACAGCUUCGGAUCAUGUCUGCUGGCGUUUGGCAUAAUAUAGUUCAAGCCAUUACUGCAUACCUUGUUCUAUUACUCUUGCCCUAUAUGCUAUUUCCAUUUUUCACUAUAGGGAGUGGUGUUGUAACCACCAACAUAAAUCAGAAAUCUGGUGUAAAUGGCCAAGGAGGACUAGUAAUUGGUGAUGUAAUUACAAAGUUAGGGAAUUGUGAUGUAAGUGAUUUUAAAUCAUGGUUAGACUGUUUAAAUCGUACUAUGACCAGUGUGGACUCUGGGUUUUGCCUAUCACCAGAAUUUGUUCAACAUCAUGAUGAAACAAAAUCAGUACAUUAUGUUGAUGAAAAUGUCAUAAACUGCUGUGAUCCAAAUUCAAAGACUAAUUUAUGUUUUGAAUAUAUCGAAUCACUUUCAAAUCCUCAAGAACUUCCAAAUCAUUCUUGUCUGAAUGUCAGAAAAGUUAUAGAAAGGUCAACUUCACUUUGUGAUGCCGAUAACCAGUGCUCAUCAGCGCAUUGCUAUUAUCCUGCUAUCCAUAAAAACCAUAAGCUUGUUGUUAUUGAACGUCAGAAUAAAAAUGAAGUUUUAUUCCUUGGACCACCAAUUGAAUUACAUUACAUAUCUGUGACACAAUAUGUACCCAAGACUGAUUAUUUCUUUUAUAAUAUACCUGAAUCAAUUGAAAAAUUUUGUAAGUACUUGAUAAUGUUUGCGGGAGGCUUAGCUAUUAUAAAUGUGAUUCCUUGUUUUUAUUUUGAUGGAGAAAAAAUAUCAAGAGUUUUAGUGAACACGAUGCUGAAGGAUCAUGUUGAACAUUUAAGUGUUCGGUUAGCAAUUUCUAUUUGUCUUACAAUUUUUGGGUCUUUAAUUUUAAUAAUUUAUACGAUCCUAGGAUUUUGGUCCCUUUUAACAAUAAUAAACUGAAAACCAACAUUUUAAAAGGUUCCUAUUUUCUAAUAUAGUUAAUAAGGGCAUAAUGACUGUUAAAUUCCAAUAAUUUAUUUGUUGAAUUAUUUUCCUUGGAUUGUAUUUGUACUGAAGAUGUACAUUGAAUACCAUGACAUGUAUAAUUUCUGAAUACUGCAAAAAAUGUUCUCAAUUUUUUUUUUAUAUAUAUAUGUAUGUAUUUCAAAACUAAGUGUCUAAGAAUUAUAAUGUAGCAUUUAUUCAAUUAUGAUUAAAUGUUAUCAACAUAACAAUUUCACUAAAAAAUU